GUUUUUGUUUUGAAAAGGAGACUUUGACUUCCGGUGAAGCCUCAGCUGCGCUUGACGCAGACCGUCUGCGCAGAAAAGAUCAAUCUGUUGAUCGGAGUCUGCUGGAGGCGCAAGGAGGAAGAGGAAGAGGACGAGGACGUACCUGGCUCUUCGGGACCACCCUCCUUCAGCAGCCAUGGCCACCAUUGUGAUGGAGAGCAUUGGGCGAGUGUUCAUCAGCCUGCAGCAGAUCCGACAGCUUCCCCAGAUGCUGACCGAAGCCGCACCCUCCAUGCCGGGUACCUUGAGGGACACCGAGGUCCCCUUCUACUUCAGGGAGCGGUACGUCCACUAUGGCUACAGACCUUUGGAGCAGAACUGGCGCUACUACUUUCUGUCCAUGUUCCAGCGCCACAACGAGACCAUUAACGUGUGGACUCACCUGCUGGCCUUCCUGGUGUUCCUGGUGAGGUUUCACCAGCUCUCUGAGAUGGUGGAUUUUGUUGGCGACUCUCAUUCGUGGCCUUUGCUCAUCCUGGUCGUGUCAUCUCUAACUUACUCCGCGCUCAGCGUGGCGGCUCAUUUACUGGGGGGUAAAUCUGAGCUAUGCCACUACUGCUUCUUCUUCCUGGACUACGUUGGGGUGGCACAGUACCAGUACGGCAGUGCUGUGGUUCAUUAUUACUUUGCUGUAGAGGAGGAUCUGCACCAAUUGGUGGGCGGGAUUUUCCUGCCUGUUGCUGCCCUCCUCAGCUGUCUGUCCUGCCUUGGGUGCUGCUACGGCAAAUACUGUAACCACAGCCUGCCGCCGUGGGUUCGUAAGGUAUGCCAAGUGGUGCCUUCAACGGUGGCUUACGUCUGGGACAGCAGUCCUGUGGCAUGGAGACUGUGGGCGUGGCCCAGCAACGAUCCCGCCGUCAUCUACCACUGCGGACAGGUGGCUUUCUUUCUCAGCUGUGCCUUCUUCUUCACUGUCCCCGUGUUGGAGCGCUUCCUGCCAGGGCGCUGCGAUUUCCUGGGCCACAGUCAUCAGGUGUUCCACGUUUUGCUGAGUUGCUGCACAUGGUGCCAGAUCCACGCCUCUUACCUGGACUACGUGGGUCGCCGGGCGCUGUACCUGCGGCUUCAUUGUAGCUGGGAGGCAGCUUUUGGCGUGGGGCUGUAUGUGGUCACCUUUGCUGGCUGCACCGUCAUUGCAGCUGUGAUGCUGCAGAAAGUCAAACAUGUUCUCAACGCCCAGACAAAAUCCAAAUGAAAAUCAACAAAUGGAGGAUGAGCAACCUGAAAGCUUAUUGGUCAAGGAGUCUUACAAAAAAAUGUCUCACUUUAUCUUUUGGUACUAAAGAUUCAUGAAUUAAACUUUAUUGCUGUUUAAAAAUAAUGUAAAUUAGAUUCGGGUAAGUCUAGUAUUAAUAUGAAAUAACCUGAGAUUUUGGUGUUUUAGGAUAAACUGAUGUCUGUUGACGCUGAAUCUGUCGACCUGCUGAACACGCAAACAUUUCACAGCUCAAAAUAAUAUUUUCACUCAAUAUUCUUCUCAGAAAGUUGAUAAAAACAGAAUGGAGUGGGUUCAUUAUGCUGUGAUUACUUAAAGGUUUCAGAUAAAUCCAAAAGUAUCACCCCCCCCCCACACACACACACACACUCACACACACACUUUUAGUCUAAUAAAAUAAUUGCUUUUGUCACAUUAAAACAUUUUCAGUAAAUGAAAGAAACCCUUUCUUUUUAGCAGACACUUUAAACUUUUACAAAAUAUCAAAAAGUUCAAAAUGAACUUAGUAAUUCACUUAAGAUUAUUAAAAAUUGUUAUUAUUAAAAAAG